AUGACGGGGGGGAGGACGGGAGAUGGAGGGCGGCGGGGCGGGGAAGGGGGACCAGUGGGAGGAGGGCGGCAGGCCCAGGCGAGAGCACUAGCCAGGAGGGGCAGACCGGGGACAGGAUCUAGAGUCGGGCAACCAGAGAGAGAGAGACCCGGCCGGGCUAAGAGGAGAUCGCUGAGGGAGCGGACAGAGGCCGAGACGGAGGAGAGGCGAGACCACACGGGGGGGGCCGGAGAGAGCUACGCAGAGGCCGAGUCCGCGGAGGGGAGGAGUAGCCCCACUUCCCCGCCAAUCCGCCCCUGCGGCGGGAUCGCGGGGACCCCUCGAGGCGCGUCCCGCCCAAAGGGGGUGCGGACCACCACGCCAGAGUCGGGAGUCGACUCGUACAAGCGCGGGGUUGCGAACCCGGAGAAGAGCCCAAGCGCGGGGAAUCGAGAUGCGACGUACGACGAGCAGUAUAGCGACGCGUGCGGAGUGCGGCCGAAACACCAACAGAGCGCGCUCGACCCGCCUGCGUCAGGGCGCUGUAUGCACCCCCCGGCUCGGGCCAGCGCAUCCCCGCGCGCGCCUAGACACGCAUGCGGCCGCCGGAGAACCGCACCCCUCCUAGAUCCGGAGAAGAGACUGGAGAAGCUAGGCGGACCCGCCUCGCUCGCGACCCUCGCGAGCGCUAGCACACGGCCCCUGGGCGCUCGCGCCGCGGCGCCCGACUCUUUCCUCCCCGCGGUCUCGCUCACCUGUGCGGUAGCUGCUCUCCCCUCGAGUCUCGAUCCCCGCCGCGCGCGUCCCCCUGAGUGGGCUAUGCGCUCUCCCUCUCGCGCCUCCCCACGGCGGGCUAUUGCUCCUACGGCUCGCGAUUGUACGCUACAGGGCCUCUGA